AUGCCUCGGGGCCAGAAGAGCAAGCUGCGUGCCCGUGAGAGACGCCGCCAGGCCCGAAGUGGAACCCAGGAGCCCAGGGGUGCUCAGGCCACCGCAGCAGAGGAAGCAGAGUUACCCUCUACUUCCUCUGCUGAUGUGGGGGCUGCUUCCCCCAGUUCCUCUGCCUCUGGUUUAUCCCAGGGACUUCAGAGGGCCCCACCCACUGCCACCACUCGUAGGGGCCAUGUUUCUCGCAAAAGAUCUAGUAAAGGUGCCAAGAGCCAAGGUGAGGAAAGUAAAAAUCCUCUCCAGGCCUCAGCCUCCCAUGAGAGUGCAAGCAGAGAUCCUUUAAGUAGAAAGGCAGGAUUGUUGAUGCAGUUCCUGCUAUACAAGUAUAAAUUGAAAGAGCCCAUUAAGAGGGUAGAGUUGCUAAAGAUUAUCAGCAGACAGUUCAGGCAGCACUUCCCUGAGAUCCUUAAGAAAGCCUCUGAGCGCCUAGAGCUGCUAUUUGGCCUUGAGUUGCAGGAAAACAAACCCAAAGGUCAACUCUAUACCCUUGUCCCUAAACUAGAGGUCUCCAGUGAUGGGCGCCAAAGUAGUGUCUGGGGCUUCCCCAGGAAUGGGCUUCUGAUGCCACUCUUGGGUGUGAUAUUCUUAAAUGAAAACUGUGCCUCUGAGGAGGAGAUUUGGGAAUUCCUGAAUGUUUUGGGGGUAUAUGAUGGGAAGAAGCACUUAAUCUUUGGAGAGCCCCGAAAGCUCAUCACCAAAGAUCUGGUGCAGGAAGAAUACCUGGAGUACCAGCAGGUGCCCAACAGUGAUCCUCCUCGCUACCAAUUCCUUUGGGGUCCCAGAGCCCAUGCUGAAACAAGCAAGAUGAAAGUCUUGGAGUUUCUAGCCAGGGUCAAUAAUACUGACCCCACAGCCUUCCCAACCCUUUAUGAAGAGGCUCUGAACGAUGAGGCAGAGAAAGCCCGAGCCAGAGCUGCAGCCACGUCUGCUACUACCAAGGCUGGUCAGGGUCCCAGGGCCAAGGCUGACAGCAGCUCUCACCCAUAG